UCAAAUACUACGCAAACAACUCCCCAGAGAUCUACCAGAAGUACAUCCACUAUCACAAUGUUCCGCCGUCACCGUCCCGCCACGACCACCACUCGUACCUCCAAGCCCAGUCUAUUGACUCGCCUUCGUGGUCCUAAUGCACGCACUCGGACAGUCAAGACAAAGACUACCACGACGCGCCACAGCGGCGCCUACGGUCGUACCAGGGCCACUGCUCCCGUACAUCACCACCGUCGAAAGGUUACGCUGGGAGACAAGGUGUCGGGAGCAAUGCUGAGAUUAAAAGGCGCUUUGACACAUCGACCGGCGGUAAAGGCCGCUGGCACUCGUCGCAUGCACGGCACUGACGGACGCGGAAGCCAUCAUCGUCGUGCUUAUUAUUAAGGACUUUACAUAUGAGUUAUGAUGAGAUACCCGAG